CUCUGCUCUUUCCAUUCGCGACCUUACCUCCAAAAUCCGCAAUUGCAUGGUUCGGCCGUGUCCAUCCUUUUCACCAUUCCGGGCAGCUUUUCCAAUUUUCUAGAGCUUCUUUGUUGCUGAGACACGACCUGACGAGGGCUCUUCACAUCUGCGUACACACGCCACCGCCCUUGAAUGGUACACUACACCUCUCCGUGCUCUCCUCGAUUAAGGGCGAUUGAACUCCUCUGGUUCGCCCCCCCAGUUCGUCUCUACCUCCUAUCCGAUUCUUUUCUUACGCCGGAAAAGCAAGAGAAACAUUGGAACAAUGGGCGGAGAGGAGGAGCCUUACCCAUGAGGAAGAGCCGGUGGGUGGUGAAGACGACGGUCUCUUCUUUGUUUUCUCCGUUUCUUACUCGCAGAUUUGAAAUGGAUUUUGCCCAAGUUCGGACUUUGCUAGAUUUGACAAUGUGGGUUCUGAUUUUGGGGAUUUUCUUCUUUGGUUGUUUCCUCAAAGAUGUCGAUUGACCAACGAAUUGCUUGGCUCCAUGAAUGAAUGUUGACUGUAGCUCAGAAAGGGAAGGCAGAGUCUGAGUUUGGAGAUUGGAACGCUCUAUUGGUCUCCAGGCAGAAGGGACGAAGAAGCUCAACUUUAGGAUCAAGGUUGGGAUCGGCGAGGAAGAUGAAAAGAUAAGGACCUCAGAAUUGCCAGAGUUUAAUCAGUAUUUCCUGGCCUAAGUGAAGUAUGAAUACCUUUGGCUUGAAAGCUUCCACAUUUCUAGAGUUUCGAUCUAACAAGCCAGGAAAAUGGUAAGCAACAGCAUCCCUGCCAACCUUAGAGAAAUGUCGUUUACAAAUGUGGUACGAUUACCUAAUGUUCUUAUUUCUGAACUUGACGUAGCCUGCCUUUGUUGCAAAUUUCUGUGGUACGAUUACCUUCAUUUUAUAAUGUGAUAGUGUUACCAUUACCUAAUGUUCUUAUUUCUGAACUUGACGUGUACGUUCACCAACGAGGCAUGGCUGAAAGCAUGCUAGCUGCAAACCUGGAAGGAUGCGAAGUGCUUUAGCAGACACUAAAGAAUCGAGGCCCUUUCCCAGACUCUGGUUAGUCUACAUCAUAUUAAUCGACGGGAGAGAUUCUCAUGCAGUUCGGUUCAUUUGUUUUCGUUAUCUUUUGUCUGUCUAAUUAACAGACAUUGAUAAUGAUUUUUCAGAUGGGUUCGGAGAGCUGACCUUAUGCAAGAAAUGAAGCAAGAGGGAGUGCAACUUGACUUUCACACUUACACUUGGUCUAUAAAUGCUUACUGCAAGAAAGUAGUGAAGACCGUGGAGGAAAUUGCAGCCUUUGUAUUGAAGAGAGAUGGUCAAAUCUAUUCGAUAUGGGCACAGUGGUCGACUGUCCAAGUGUUUGCGCAAGAUUUAGGGAACCGGUGGGUACAUCCCAAAAGUACUGCAGAAACCUUCCCUCCAGAGGAUGAGUUUAGGGAGAGCAUACAGGGCGGACUUUGGCAAACUCAGGGAGCUUGAAUCCUUUGCCAUCAGAGGAAUCCAGUGGUGUUGUGAUGCCAUCAGAAAAACGCUUCACUGUGGAAUUUGAUUCCCUAUUUCCCUUUAUACUUUCUCGGAGGCUGCUUUACUCUAUUUUUUCAAUAGUUUUCUCCUGGUAUUUCCUUUCUUUUGAUGGUAUUCAGAAGAAGUUGCCUCCUGCAAGUAUAACGACUCUGUUUGUCAAAAAAAAAAAAAAAAGUAUAACGACUCUAGAUGCAAGAUCAACCAUUUUGAUUUUCUGAGACAUGGAAAAUGACUUUCAGUGUUUGUUCAGGACGCAUAUGCUUUGUACCUUUCAGAAUGUGGAGCUCAUGUUACCAAGAAAUGAAGGUUUUCAUG